GUCGUGUAUCGUGGUUUUUCAGUAGGAAGUGAAAAUACGACUGUGUUUUGGAGGUGGGGAACUCUGUGUUCGCGGAAUGAAAGUGCCCUGCCAAUGGAUAGAAUAAAAGUUCACGCCGUCUAGCGUAAGUCGUUGCACACCGUUCGUCGUGCAUGAUGAUUGGUAGCUCCGCAGAUGGGGAUGAACACUCAGUUUUGGUUGGAUCGCAGCAUCAUGCUACGUAUCAAUCGCUUCACGAAGAGAACGACGAGCCUCCUGAAUAUCCGGGCAUCAUCAAUGACGUUCCCGACGUGAACGCGCGAAGCAGGUGGAACCAUGUAGCCGAUCUCGAUUCAUUUUUCCGCCGAGUGUACUGGUAUCAUCAAAAGCAUGGCGUUCUGUGCAUGAUUGCGCAGGAAUUUCUGGAACUCGUCCAGUUCCUAUUUGUAAUCGUUUUUUCUGUCUUUCUGUUGCAAUGCGUCGACUACAGAGUUCUAUUCAGGGACAAAACGGCACCAGGUCACAAUGCGACUGACAAAAUAUCCUUGUCGGAUGCGGUUCUUCCGGCAAACCAGUGCCUAACUCAUUUCAAUGGAAUUUUGAUCGUUGUUCUCAUGGUUGCCGCUGUGUUUUGGGCAUUAUUCUUGGUUCGAUUUGUUUGCAAUGCGUUUUUCUACUGGGAAAUUGCGCGAUUUUAUCAGUCCGCAUUGAAAAUUGGCCAGAAAGAACUGAAUAAUUUGACAUGGCACGAGGUUCAAUCAAGGCUUCGAGCGGUUCAAGAAGAUUUGCAUCUUUGUGUUCACAAACCAGUCCUCACGCAGCUGGACAUCUAUAACAGAAUUUUGCGGCAAGUUUUUUCAAUCCACAACGUUUCGAUUUUGUUCGAAAAUUAUUUUAUCGCCAUGGUGAACAAAAGCGUUUUGCCUCUGAAAUUUUGCGUGCCUUUUUUCGGAGAAAUGGUGUUUCUCUCUCGGGGCAUGAAGUUCAACCUCGAGUUGAUUCUUUUUCGUGCACCCGGUGCCCCCUUUGAAAGUAAUUGGCACUUGAGACAGGAGUACAAAUCUGCGGGUAAUCGAACUGGGCUAGCGGACGCAUUUUCAAAACGCGUUCUUUGGUUCAGUGCGGUGAAUCUCCUGCUUUCGCCCCUCAUAUUUUUGUGGCAAAUCUUAUAUUCCAUCUUUCACUACACCGAGUUAGUGAAGAAGGACCCCAGCUUUUUGGGCACUCGGACAUGGUCUUCAUAUGGAAGGGUAUACCUGAGACAUUUCAAUGAGUUGGAUCACGAAUUGAACUCACGCUUGAACCGUGGCUAUUCUCCCGCUUCGAAGUACAUGUCCAGCUUCACUACGCCAUUUGUGACGGUGGUUGCAAAAAAAUUCGCUUUUUUCUUCGGGGCACCUUUGGCUGUGCUGAUUAUCCUCACUGUCAUUGAUGAAGAUGUGCUGACAGCGGAACAUGCUCUCACGUUGAUAACCGUGCUAGGUACGGUCGUCGCUUUGUGUCGAGCUAUGAUUCCGGAUGAAAACAUGGUGUGGUGUCCGGAAAUGCUGAUGAACGCUGUGUUGGCGCAAGUCCACUACUUACCAGAUUCCUGGGCCGGUAAAGCCCACACGAGCACUGUGCGGGAUAAUUUUGCUCAGAUUUUUCAGCUGAAAGUUGUGUAUGUGAUCGAGGAGCUGCUGAGUCCAUUGGUGACGCCGUUCAUUCUGUUCUUCAUCAUUCGCCCGCAAAGUCAAGUCGUCGUUGAUUUCCUUCGGAAUUUCACCGUGGACAUCGUUGGCGUCGGUGACGUUUGUUCUUUUGCUCAAAUGGACGUGAAGCGUCAUGGUAGUCCUACGUGGAAAGUCGGGGAGAGUGAGGAAGGGGACCAUGACGACGAAGCUGAAGACAGACCUGGAAGGGCCGGGAAAAACGAUCCUCUUGUUCAGGCGGAGAAUGGGAAAACGGAGUUGUCAUUGGUUCAUUUUUCGCUGACGAACCCGGAUUGGCGACCCUCGAAGGACGCAAACUUAUACUUGACGAAAUUGCAAAGACAUGCUCAACGAGAAGCGAUGGAGAGUCUCAGAACUGCCGACUUGUCAACUUUCAACCAUUCGCUUGAUACUGUUUCUCAGAUCCCAUUUGGGAAUGGAAUGAGUGUUAUGGGAGCUGGUAGUGUUUAUCGACCUGGAUCUGCUGCCGUGAGAAGUCGACAAGGUCCUUUACGAGGUGCUGUUGCGAAUCUUGAAGGAUCAAUCGAUGAAGAUCUAAGCAAAGGGACGAGUGGUCAUCAAUCCUUCGGACUUGGGGACAGUCUCAUGGGCACUUCUCGUGGAGUCCCGUUCUUUGGAGUGGGCAGUGUUCAUCAGACAAACGCUGAAGCGAUGGCUGCGUCCAGGAUGAUGGCGACUAGUUCAGCUGUCCAACAGGACCCUGCGACUGUGGAUCGAAUCGUGGAGUUCAACGUCACCAACAUGAGCUUUUCGGCAGUGUAUCUACACGAAAUGCAUCGAAGAAAGGUUUUCGGUCAGCGAGGAACCGGAAGAACACUGGCGCCUUUUCAGAUGAUUCCGGAAGACGAUACAGAGUCAUCUGUGACGAAUCCAUUCCUUUGAAACCUCGAUUGGGCAAGCUCAUCAUCACUUGGAAUUGGAAUACUUGAUUAUGAUGAGAGAGACGUCGAUUGGAUCAUUAAUCGGGUUUUUUUUUCUUGCAUUUUCGAUGAACUUUCAGUUCAAGAAUGAUUACGCGUGUGGGAAGCUUGCAGCAUUGGUAGUCGGGAAAAUUUUGUGAACGCAGUGUGUGGUUGAUGACGAGUACGUUUCUUGCCUUCUUGUGGGAUAACCCUUUCGGUGAUGUUGGUCUGUUCAUCACAACCGUGAAACGAGAUAUUUUGUUGGUGGAACAUUGUGAACGUGAUGGUUUUUUUUCUUAUGUUUAGAUUGGUCUAGUCUGUGUGACAAAAGGAGCUGCUGCUUCUUUUUUUUUACAAGGCCCAGUUCGAAGCGUAGCGAAUCGUUUUUCAUUUUUGCCAAAAAAUAAAAAUACACUUGAUUGUGUUCCGAACGUG